CUUCUCAUAUAAACAAAUGCUCUCUUCUUUUCUCUUCAAUUUCCCAUUCAUCACUAUCUUUUCUUUUCUCCACCCCUUUUUAGCUGGCGUAGAAUUUUGUUUACCACACUCAUAUCCCUCAUUUAAGUGAAGGAGAAAAUCACUUAUAGCACAAGAAAAUUAUUAAUAUAUAUAGUGGUAAUCGUAUAUCAUUAUUAUCAUAUUUCGAAAGAUGAUGUAUGAACAACAACAACGGCUCCAGCAGCCGAUGAUGAAGAUGGACGUCAGGAAGAAGACGGAGAGAAACAAAAGCAUAGAGGAAGAGAGGCUUGAAAUAGUGGACUUGAGUGGCAUGUCCUUAGACUCUCUUCCCAACCCUUCUCUUAAUUUAGCUUCCAUUUGCAAGUUGGACCUCUCUAACAACAAUCUUCAGAGUAUUCCGGAGUCCUUAACGGCGAGACUGUUGAACAUGGUAGUGUUGGAUGUGCGGUCCAACCAGCUUAGGUCCCUUCCCAAUUCCAUUGGAUGCCUCUCUAAGCUCAAAGUUUUGAAUGUCGCUGGCAACCUCAUCGAAUACCUUCCCAAGACAAUCGAGAAUUGCAGGGCCUUAGAAGAACUGAAUGCCAACUUCAACAGGCUGAGACAGCUUCCUGAAACCCUAGGCUUCGAACUCACAAACCUGAAGAAACUAUCAGUGAACUCCAACAUGCUACUCUUCCUUCCUCGUUCAACCUCGUACCUCACAGCCCUCAAGGUCCUCGACGCGCGCCUCAACUGCCUCAGGUCUCUCCCAGAAGACCUCGAAAACCUCAUCAACCUCGAAAUCCUAAACGUGAGCCAAAACUUCCAAUACCUCGAGUCUCUACCCUACUCCAUUGGCCUCCUCUUAUCAUUGGUUGAACUCGACGUUAGCUACAACAAGAUCAAGGCCUUACCUGACUCCAUUGGGUGCCUCAAGAAGCUUCAAAAGCUAAGUGUGGAAGGGAACCCUUUAACUUCACCACCACAUGAAGUGGUAGAGCAGGGAUUGCAUGUGGUGAAGCAGUACCUGUGCCAGAAGAUGAACACGGGCCAUCAAACUCCAACUAAGAAGAAAUCAUGGGUGGGAAAGUUGGUGAAGUAUGGGACCUUCAAUGGACACGGGAAGAAUACUGGGGCCCGCGAAGAACGUGAAGCUUUUAUUAUGCCUGAGUAUAGAUCAAUUGAUGGCCUUGCUUCGCCAAGCUACAUGGGAAUGUUUUCACCUCGUCGCCUCUUCUCACCUCGUACUUUCUUCACCAAUUGAGUCAACGUUGUCUUUUUUUCACUAUGUCUGGUGUAGUUUCGCUUAGGGUUAUGCUUUUGCUAAGUAGAAUGCAUCCAGGAAAUGGUGGUGGGUUCGGGAGACUUUUUAAGCCAUAUCCACCGGGUCUUUUAGAUAUAGUAACCAGUCCGUAUAAUUUAUAUACAUAUUAUAGCAAUAAAAUGGUUCGAAUAAUAAAAUAGAAAAAAGGGUCUGGUCUAUUAUAAAUAAACUUCAUGCUUUUUAUGAAUGUUACAUAUAUUACUUGCAGCUUUCUUGAAUGGAUUUUGAUUAUCGAAC